AUGUCCCGCCGACCACCCCGCGAUUACUACGAGGAAGAUGACUUUGAGAUCGAACGGGAACGUGAUCGGAAUCCGCGAUCUCGCCAGCGAGACCGUGAGUUUGAGGAGGAAGAUGUUCAGUACCGUCGUCGCAGAUCAAUGCCCCCAGUCGAAGAUCUGGAGCGCAUGCACAUUCGCGAUCGCCCGCCCCGCGACUUCAUGCGGGAGAGCUACGCCCCACCUGAGGAUCGCGCACCUAUGUCUUUGAGGAGACCACGAGACAAUAUAGAUGGUGUUAUACCGGAACGGGAGCGCGAAGAAGUCUACAUCCGUCCGUCACGCGAGAGACGCCGGCCUCGUCGUGAGAUUGAUGAAGAGCAACUCUUCAUUAAUGAGCGUGAAAGACAUGGCGGCCAGCGACGACGUCGCUCUGAACGUGAUAUUGAAGAAGAUCUAAUUAUACGACGCAGAGAGCGGCCUUCUCGUGAUUAUGAGAGCGAAAGCGACUUCAAGCCCCGCGAAAGAUUCGAGGAGCAAGAUGAGACGUUUGUCCGACGCUCAGGACCACGACGCAAACCGCGCCCUCGUUCGCGAGAAGAGGAGCUAGAAGAGCUUCUAGUUGACGAGAGUGAAAUGGAUCGGCCUCGACGCAGACCUUCUCUCGAAGAGCCGAUUUUUGAACGUGAAGAAAUUAACGAAGUUAUGAUUGACGACCGAGAACGACCCCGUGAGAGACGGCCUCGCAGAGAAUCAAAUUACGACAGAUAUAGAGAAAUGGAAGAUGUUAUUGAUGAUAGAGAAUCAGAACGACUACGAGAAAGAAAGCUCCGAAAGCCGAGGGUUAAGGAGGAGCUGGUUAUGCAGUGGAAAGAUAGGCCAUUGCCGGGCGAGUUCGACGAGGAAGAAAUUCGCAUUAGAGAGACAAGGCGUCCUACACGUCGUAGUCCACCGAUGCCAGUAUUUGCUCCAGAACCACCAGGUGCUUUGCCAUUGCGUGGGAACGGAAUCGAAACCGAAGAACAAAUCCGCAUCAGUUCGCGGAGUCGCCCGAGACCUCACCACCGCGAUGUCGAAGAGGAAGAGGAGAUGGUCAUUCGACGCGAUGAAAAGGAACGAGAUCGUCGAAGACGAACUAAGAUUGAUGAUGAAAUUCUUUUGCGACGAGAGGACAAAAGCCGAGGUCACAGAUCAAAUAAUGAAGAAGAUGAAGAACUACUCAUUCGACGCGAGGAGCGAGAUAGAGACCGUCGGCGGGCGACCAAAGACGACGAGGAGCUCAUUAUUCGACGUGACGAGCGAGACCGACCUAGGAAAGAGUCAGAAGACGAGGUGAUUAUUCGAAAGAGUAAGAGACGGUCUUCGCCUCGAAAGCCUUCGCCCGAUGUUGCGUCCAUUCAUGCACCUCCGAUCCACCAGGAUGUUAUUACGCAUCAUCAUCAUAUUGACCACGGAUUUGAAGCGCCGCCACGAGCUCCCAGCCCCGAUGCUUCAUCCCAGACAAGUAUCGACGAGGUUCAUUUCCAUCACCGCAGAAAAUCCGGCAGCCACAAGUCUGAAGAAGAUCUUGUUUACAAACAUCGCUCCGAUGACGAAUCUGUCUCCCCAACCAGUCGUCCUUCUCUCGAUUUCAAUAACCCUUGGGAAGCAGACGGUGCUUCCACUUCACGACGCAGGCCCAAAUCCAUAAUCGACGAAACUGAAUCCAUCAAACCAUCUCUAGCCGGAAGCACCCGCAGCCGUGCAAAACGAAGCAUGGCUCGUGAUCUAGACUUUGAUGAAGAAACAGAUGAGGAAGAGAUAGAGGUCCAUGAAGAACGCUACGGGCCUCGUUCUAGCACGCGUUCCCUGGGCAGGGAUGUCCCAGACGCCGUGUCCGAAUGGUCCAUGGUUCACACACCCAAGACUGAUGCCCUUGAGAUGCCUGGUGCUCUGAAUGUCAUUGAAGUCUCCUCUGAACCUCGCGAUGAACGCUGGACGGAGAUCACCAAGGACCUGGUUGUUCGCGAGGCAAUUGAGCGGCUCGGAUAUGAAUUCGAAGAGACAAGAACGUUCUACUAUAUCUUCUCUUAUCUGAAACCGGGGGACAUUGACGAAAUCGUUGAACUAUCCGAUGAGAUCCGCGCCGCGAGGCGACGACGUAUCCGUGAAAUGCAUCGUGAACGAGCCGUACCGCCACCUCGACCACCGCGCCCCAGGUCCUUGGUGGAUAGGAUGCCGCCUCGGGCACGCAUGGCUGCCGAGCGGCGAAUGAGAGAGCGAGAAUGGAUUAUUGAUGCUCGUCGUUGA